GGAGACAUGUACACAAGUGUUUUUCUGAUAGUUUCAGUGCAUUCGAUAGUAGCGCUCUCUGUCCACCGAAUUGCCGAAGAACCUAUAUCAAAAUCGAGAAUAGAACUAAAUUCUUUGGAAAUCAAAUGCAGUUUGGGUGAUAUCCUAAUAUUAAAGGCUCCGAUCAUCUUAAAUAACAAUGUCAAAUACUACCUGUACAAUCCCAGAGGUGACUUCAGCAAACUCGAUAUAAAAAGAAACAAGUACACACCGAAUGCAAUGAAUUUUCCGCCCGACUAUGGAUUGUCUAUUAAAAAUAUUAGAAAAAAAGCGCCGAUUGUAACAUCUAUGAGAAUGUAUAAUUUAUUCAAUAUGUAUAAUCUUAUAGUCUUUGAUGACAAACACGAAGUCGACCUGUUUAAGAGAAAUCUACUAUUGAUGGGUCCGAACGAAUUCAUGUUGGGCCCUCUGAGUGAAAACGAUUUUGGCAACUGGGCGAUAAGUGCUUAUUACCAAGACGACACAGGUGAAUGGACAGAGGUAUUUCAAUCUUUUGCCCUAUUGAUUAUAGAAGUAGUACCUCCCGCGGAAAAGCUGGAAGUGGUGAAAGUAGGAAGCUCUUUCAAGCCCAUGUUCCUGUACACCUUUCCCAAUCUCAACAGUUGCGAACUUUUGAUGCCUGAGGCCAGUAUCACCAGGCCGAAUACCAUCAUCCUGCAGGACCUCGACCGAUGUAGUUACCUCGUCAGAAACGUUACCAUUGACGACCAAGGCAUUUGGAGAAUCAUAGAAGUGUUACACAACGAUGUCAUCGUGAUACAGGAAGGAGGCACUUUCGAGCCUAUGUUCCCUCACAGCAUCAGCAGUUUAUCAAGCUGUGAACUGGUUGUGCCCAAGGUCGCUGUCGACAGGUUUUAUACAACGAGCCCAGCACACGCGGACAGAUGUGGUUACGUAGUACAUAAUGUGUCCAGACACGAAAGGGGGCAAUGGCAAAUAAUAGGUAUAGGCAACAUUAUAUACGAAACUACAAUCAAUUUAAAAGUAAUUUAUUGACAAGAAAAAGAAUUGUAUGGGAAAACGAGGGACUAUACUUGUUAAAUACUAACCAUUUCCCAGGACUAUAUUACUAUCAUUGUAAACAACAACUUCUGUUCCACGUCUAAAAAUAUACUUUUAAGUUUUUGUUGUACCAUCUGACACGUUUUAGAUCUGUAUCUAGUAGUUAGGUGGCAAGUUCAAACGUGGUGGCGUCCUCCUCCUCCCAAAAUAACCCCCUCCACCCCAAUAACCCCUACUCCCGCUACUGUUUUGCAUCGGACUGUUGUUUACGCUAGCGCUUUCCACCGUUACCGCACAGAGUUAUCCACGUUUCGAGGAGGGUUUCUUAACCUUUUUCCAGUCAUGGACCCCUCUCAAAAUUUCAAAGAACC